AUGCUCUCCCACACAGGACUGAAGUGCGGAAUUCGUGCAGUUGAUUUGAAAAGUACGGAAACUAUCUUGGAAUCGGGGUUCUUCUCUAGAGUUAGUAGUUGGGGAAAUUCAACAGUUGGUGGACACCCGUGGCAGGUCUCCCUGAAAUUAGGUAGACACCACUUCUGUGGAGGAAGCUUGAUUCGAGAUGACCUGGGGGUUACAGCAGCACACUGCCUGGCUAGCCUCAAUGAGAAGCAAAUUAAGCAUCUGACUGUGACUGCUGGGGAGUAUAACCUCUUUCAGAAGGAUAAGGAGGAACAGAAAAUUCCUGUCUCAGAAAUUAUUAUCCAUCCUAAAUACAACAGACUUGGAUGUAUGAGUUUUGAUAUUGCACUGCUAUAUCUAAAACACAAAGCCAACUUUGAUUGUAAACCUCAGGGAACAGUAUUAUUUGGAGAAAAUGGGAAGAUUCGUUAUCCCCAUUCGAAAGAGAGCAACUAUUCUCAUAAUCGCUUAUGUAUCUGGAAAAUAAUGGUACCAGAAAAUAAAAUUAUCCUAAUAAAAUUUACAAGCUUAGACAUAGAAAAUCAAGUUGAAUGUGACCAUGACUAUGUAUCUUUACAAUCAAGCAGUGGAGUGCUUAUUAGUAAGGUCUGUGGAAAUAUAUUACCCUCACCAUUGCUGACAGAGACCAAUGAGGCCACAGUUUCCUUUUUUUCUGAUACAGACAACAGUGGAAGCAGCUUUGAGCUUACCUUUACUGCUAUACGGAAGAACUCAGAAGCAGGUUCAGGAUGUGGGAGUGGGGCUGUGCUGGUGGUGGAAGGGAUGAUUCACUCUGCCGGCUAUCCUCACCUGUAUCCCAGGAAUGUAGGGUGUCACUGGUUGAUUCAUGCUCCAGAGAAACACACUAUAAAGCUGACAUUUGAAGACCUUAGUAUUGAAUUUAACCAAAACGGUACUCAUGCUGUUGUGAUUUAUGGUGAUCCUGAAGAGGAACAUGGGUUGGCCAAGCUUUGUGAAAUCUUGAACGCCACUCGGGUAUUCAGUCCUGGUAAUAUGAUGGUGAUUCAUUUUAAAAGUGAUGGUGAAAAGAAUUUCCAACGCUUCAAGGCUAGAUUCAGCGUUUUACCCUCAGAUUCUUUAAACAAAAUUGGAUCAACAUCAUCUUCAAAAACCAAUGCUGUAUCUUCUACAAAAGAUAUUCCAUAUGGUGUCUGUGGCAUCCCUCCAUUUAGUCCCCAGUGGCUUUCCAGGAGAACUGCAGGAGGGGAAGAAGCCUGCCCCCACUGCUGGCCGUGGCAGGUGGGUUUGAGGUUUCUAGGCAAUCACCAGUGUGGAGGUGCCAUCAUCAGCUCUGUUUGGAUUCUGACUGCAGCCCAUUGUGUGCAAUCGAAAAAUAAUCCACUCUUGUGGACCAUUGUUGCUGGAGACCAUGACAGAACCUUGAAGGAACCAACUGAGCAGGUGAGAAGGGCAAAACACAUUGUGGUGCACGAAGACUUUGACAGACUGACCUUUGACUCUGACAUCGCCCUAAUACAGCUGAGCUCUGCUCUGGAGUUCAACUCAGUGGUGAGGCCAGUGUGUCUCCCACACAGCACGGAGCCUCUGUUUUCCUCUGAGAUCUGUGUUGUGACUGGAUGGGGAAGUGUUAGUGACGAUGGUGGCCUAGCGAGUCGCUUACAGCAGAUUCAAGUGCUCGUGGUAGAAAGAGAGGUCUGCGAACGCACUUACUAUUCUGCCCAUCCAGGAGGGAUUACAGAGAAGAUGAUCUGUGCUGGCUUUGCAGCGUCUGGAGGGAAAGAUGUGGGUCAGGGAGAUUCUGGUGGGCCAUUAGUAUGUAAACAUGAAAAAGCUCCCUUUGUCCUCUAUGGCAUUGUCAGCUGGGGAGCCAGCUGUCCCCAGCCAAGGAAGCCAGGAGUAUUUGCCAGGGUGAGUGUCUUCUUGGACUGGAUUCAAUCCAGGAUCAAAGGUCCUGUUUUACUUCAGAUAAAUAAAGAAAGCAAAAUCUUAACAAGACAACAAUUGCCACCACCCACACCUUCAAGAGACAGUGCAUCUGGGCCAGGCUGUUACUCUGAAGUGGAGCUGGAAGAGCCCAGAGGCUUUUUUUCCUCUCCAAGAUAUCCACUGGAUUAUAGAGGAAAACUGGAAUGUUCUUGGGUGCUCAGAGUUUCACCAAGCAGUAUGGCAAAAUUUACGGUUGAGUAUGUGUCACUCCCUGGGUCUCAUGUGUGUGGCGAUUCAGUUCUGACUAUUUAUGAAGAAAACCACAAUGAGAGAAGGAUGUCAGGUGAAUUAUGUGGGAGAAGGCUUUACCCAAUGAUUUUCAUGAGCUCUGGACCACUGGUGAGGGUGACAUUUCAUUCCCGUGUGCAAGGUGCUUUUGGCAUAAAUUAUAUUGUCUUUAGAGUCCAAGGUCCAAAGAGCAGUAAAACUACCAAAUUUCCUCAGAGUUCAAACCAAGAGCAUGUGACCACUUGUGAUGAUGUUAUUCUUACCAAACCAACAGGAAUCAUACAAAUCCCAAGAUAUUUUCACAGAACCACUGUGAGCUGCCACUGGAGAUUAUUGGCCCCUUCAAAUCAUAUCGUUCGCCUUGAUAUUGUCAACUUCCAGAUGCAACCAAUGCCCUUGGCCUGUCAGGGUCACCUGUGGGUUUACGAAGGAUUUGGAUCAGGCAAAAAAUUAAUAGGAAAUCUAUGUGAAGGAGAUUCACCUUCACUAAAAUCUCAUGGUCCUCUUAUGAUGUUGAUUUUCACAUACAAUGUCAGUUUGCCCAUGAAAAAAUUUUCUUUGAGAUAUUCUUUUCAUAUGUCUGAUUCUGUGAAAGGAAAAAUUAAUGGUAAAGAGGAUAAAGGAGGAUGUCCAGUAUUGGAUUUGAUUCCAGUUAGCUCUAUUGAGAUCACAUCUCCCAAUUAUCCUAACAUUUAUCCUAACAUGCUGAACUGCACUUGGACUUUUUAUUCUAUGUCAGGAAAUAAAAUGAAAGCAGUGAUUAAAGGCUUUAUAACAGAAGAAUCUUGGAACUGUGAAUGGGAUUACUUCAAUAUUUAUGACGGACCAGAUCAGCAAUCAAGAUUACUUGCUCAUUUAUGUGGCUCCAAGAAAGAAUUUGUCUUGAUAUCCAGUGGUGCUUACCUAACUGUGAAUUUUAAGACUGAUGAAUCUGUGGGAGAAAGAGGUUUUAAACUUAUUUUGGAAGAUAUGACUCAGAAGCAAUCACAGAAAAGCAAUAUUGGGAUCCAACUGCCUAUUAAUGGGCUAACAGUAGAAAACAAUACCAGAAGACAGCCAGCCCAAGACAAAUGUGGAAUUCCUGUUGUUGACCCAUUUCUCAUGGAAGGAUCUGAGAGGAAUACAAACGUGUUGCCAGCCAAGCUUGGGAAGCCCAGGGUGGUUGGUGGCCGUGCCGCCCCUGCGAUGUCGUGGCCCUGGCUGGUCAGUCUGCAGUACCAAGGACAGCAUUACUGUGGAGGUGCUCUGAUUGGGAGACAGUGGGUCCUGACAGCGGCACACUGCAACUUCAGUAAUGUCACAGACAACCUGGUAAUAGGAAGAAGUUACCUGUGGAACACACGAAAUAGAGAUUUGAUACCAGUGAAAGCUGUAUACACUCACCCCAGCUUCACACAAUUUCCUCCCAAUGAUGAUAUAUGCUUGCUGCAUCUGGAAAACCCUGUUGAACUAGGAAAGUUUGUAUCUCCAAUCUGUUUGCCAGGGAAAGAUGAUAAAAUAAAUUUACUUUCCAAAUGUAUGACUGCUGGAUGGGGAAUAACUGAACCUCAUCAAGAUGAAUUUCCUAAAACUGUGCAGCAGGCAAAGGUACCACUGAUUAGUAGUACAUCUUGUCGAAGCUACUGGGGACUGGAUAUUAAAAAUACCAAUAUAUGCGGAGGGGCUGCAGGAUCAUCGUCCUGUAUGGGAGAUUCUGGAGGACCACUGCAGUGUGCCCAGGAUGGGCAGUACAAGCUCAUCGGUAUUGUGAGCUGGGGCAGCAGUAAUUGCCAUCCUGCCGCACCAACGGUCUUCACCAGAAUUUCUGCUUAUAGAGACUGGAUCACAUCUGUCACUGGAGGAGAAGCAUGAUCACCGGAAGAGCAGCAUGGUGGAAUUGUGUUCCUAAGUGGGAAAGGAAAUACAUGACCGCGUACCUGAAAAAUACGUCUCUUGUCAUUGCUAAAAAACUCAAUGUCACUUCCCCCAACCCUUGUCAUUGAGGAGCUUGGAUUUGGUGUGUACAUACAUUCAAUAUUAAACGUUGGUCACAGAAAGCUAAUGUUGGUUCAUGC